AUGUCAGACCCACACGUCACCGUGACGCUCGUCCCCCUUUUCGAAGACACCCACCCUCUGCGUACCCUCACCCUCACCAACAAUGAUAAGACCGUGGCCAUCGGACGUGCCUCAAAGCGUGAAACUCGAAAACGGAGUCCCGCAACAGAUAACGCUUGGUUUGAGUCUCGGGUCAUGUCUCGUGACCAUGCCUUUCUUAACAUAUCGCCGGACCAAAAUAUGGUUUUCAUCGCCGACUGUGGCUCAACACACGGAACCUUCCUGAAUGAUAGCAAGCUGGUGACAGAUGUGGAUACCCCACUGUAUAGUGGAGAUAUCAUCCGAUUUGGUGUUGAUGUCGACCGUGGCCAGGAGGUUUUUGAGGCCAUCGAAGUCCGCUGCAAGGUUGAGUGGCUCAAACCCCAGCGUGUGGUCAUUCCAGAUGAUGGUAUUGCUAUCAAACCGGAUCCAAGUCCGUCAACCAACAGUUUCUCUGUCCCCGAAGACGAUAGCGACAUGGAGGCUGCCGACCUCCCCAGUGAUGACUCUUCUAAAGAGUCUGUUGCUAGAUCUUGGGAAACCACUGUUCUACAGCCCGUGGAUACGUCUCUAGUUUCUCCUGCCUCGAGCGUCCAAAGUGACGAACAUUCCAAGGACAAGCCGGAGCUCCAUUGGGAAGGUUUUUCUCCUACCGAGGAGUCUAUCUCAAAAGUUAUGCUCGGCCCCACACCACUGGUCCCGGAGCUUCUUAGUCCGCUGUCUGAUACCAAACCGGUCUCCGACAUUAAACCAUCUCCUGGUAAACCGGUCUCAGAUGCCAAUAUAUCUCCCGCCAAACUGGCCUCUACCGAACUUCUAUCUGCUCAACAAGCACAUGAAGCAGAUAGCCUCCCUGCAAUCUGUUACCAGAAAGUACCCGAAAUUCAUUUCAGCAAUUGGACCAUGAUGCGGCCUAUGUUCAUGCGCCUGGCAGACAUGGCUUGGGGUGAAUCCAACAUCAUACCCGACGUUGACCAUGACAGACAAAUUAUCCACGCUGCACGCCGUUGUUCUCUCUCCAAAGAUUCGUACUGGGUAGACGAUUCCCCUAGCUUCCAACCUUGCGUUGGGACAGAAGUCUAUUGGGAGCCGGACUCCGAGGAAUCAGACACGUCGUUCCAUCGUAUGCCCGGCAACCUUCUUAGGUACUGGUCAGUCGACAAGCGAAGAUAUUGGAUCAUCUACGAAGACGAAGGCGGCCAGCAGAUGAGCAAUUGGUGGUGGAUCGUUGAAAAGCCACUGGAGCUUCUCAGCGAGGAACUGAAGCGCCAGCUCGAGACUGAAACCGAGGUUGAUGACUGUCACAAAUGCUGGUUCGUGAGGGCUUGGGAGCCCCAAAUGAUCGGAGAUCGAUGGUGCGAUGUGGCUCCUUACUGGGAUCCGAAUUUCGAUGAAAAUUGGCUCUCUGAUGACGAGUCCGUUGAUUCAGACGAAGAAGCCCAGGGAAGCGAGGGGUACAUGUCUGAGUCAGAUGGUCGCAGUGAUUCGAUCUCAGAGAAUUACGGCGAAUAUUCAUACGGGAUGUUCGAAAGCGAAUCGAUUCACGGAGACGGCUGUGAAGUGUCGACAGAAGACUCCGAGGAAGACGACGAAGAGAAAGAUUAUGACGAGGACUUGGAGGAAGAUGAUGAGGUCUCUGAUGAAUCCGAAAACGACUCUGAUUGUUCCUCUGAGGAUGAGAGUCUUGAACACCGUAUUCUGCAGAAGCCUGAUACCCGUUCCUUGCUUGAUUUGGAGUAUGUGAAGGAACUUGGACGCAUCAACCACACUGAUGCCGUUGAAGUGUCCAAGCAUGUACCUGACGAGGCUCUCGGGGGCCAGUCACUGAACCCCACACCGAACGAGAGAAACCCAUUGAUGACACAGACUACCCCUGGUAUGAAAAACCCAGGCGCUCAGUUCCCGACAUACACUGUUUCUGGUGAGCUGCCAAGUUCAUGUCAGAACAAAUACCCACCAAUGCAACAGAAGGUCGACAGCACUGUUGGCAUUCCGCCCUUAUACCAUGGAUUCGGGAAUUGCUAUCACGAUGGACCGUUCUCGACCAGCGCUACCGUGGACAAUGCCUUUCCCUACCUGGCAACAUCUAGAAAAUCAAAUGUGAAGCGUACUGCAACAGAGAUGGAAUCGUCGUCCGUUGAACCUGGUUUUUCUCAAGAUGCUCAGCGGCUGCCUGUAGAGCCAGCUAGCCAGCCAGAUCUCAAUUCGUACACAAUUUCCUCUGAAGCUAAGGAUGCGAUCAGCUCCGCACUUGCUGAGAAUGAGCGUCCGGCAAAGCGAAUCAAGCCUAAUCAUCCAACCUCAAAGUCCUUGGCAAGCCAUGCCACCACGGCUGUUGUCAGCGCUCUGCUGGGUGGUCUGGGAACUAUCGCUGUCCUAGCAGCCUUGCCCAAUGGAUACUUCCAGUGA